CUCUAGACUUGUGCUAAUAUCAUCCUGCGUGCGAUGUGGACUUCUCAUUCUUUGCAAGUUCUGCUCAGGACUACAGUUGCACACCUUCACACCUGCUGCAGAUCACAAGCAAUGAAGGCUGCAGGAAAACACUUACCAAAAAUAUAUGUCACAAGAAGCAUUCCACCAGAAGGUAUUAAAAUUCUCCAGCAAUCUGGAAGUUGUGACAUUGAGCAGUGGGAUUCUGAUGAUCCUGUACCACGUUCUGAGCUUCUCAAGAAGGUUGCUGGAAUUCAGGGAUUGUACUGUCUCCUGACAGAGAGCAUUGACAAGGAGUUGUUAGAUGCUGCAGGUCCGAGCCUGAAAGUAAUCAGCACGAUGUCUGUGGGAUAUGACCAUUUAUCACUUGAGGAAAUUAAAAAACGAAGCAUCCGAGUAGGAUUUACACCUGACGUUUUAACAGAAGCUGUGGCUGAGCUCACAGUGGCGCUGUUAUUGGCAACAUCUCGCCGACUUAUUGAGGCUGUGGAUGAAGCAAGAAGUGGUGGAUGGGGCACAUGGAAACCUCUUUGGAUGUGCGGAAGAGGACUCAGCGGUAGUACUGUUGGAAUCCUUGGCUUGGGACGGAUAGGUGAAGCCAUAGUCAACCGUUUGAAACCAUUUGGUGUCAAAAAAUUCCUGUACAAUGAUGUUGCACCAAGACAUGAUUUAGCAGCAAAGAUUUCAACUGAAUUUGUGUCCUUGUUGGAGCUGGCCAAGCAAUGUGACUUCCUUCUAGUGUGCUGUGCACUAACACCUGAAACACAGGGUAUCUGCAACAAACUGCUCUUCUCCAACAUGAAAAACAGUGCUGUGUUCAUUAAUACCAGCAGAGGUGCGGUGGUAAACCAGGAAGACCUCUUCCAGGCCCUUGUAACUAAACAGAUUGCAGCUGCCGGUCUUGAUGUAACAGUUCCAGAACCACUUCCUACAGAUCAUCCCCUUUUCAAACUGAAAAACUGUGUCAUUCUUCCUCACAUUGCCAGUGCUACUGUUGAAACUCGGAAUGCUAUGGCUGCCCUUGCAGCAAAUAAUCUGUUGGCGGGAUUGAAAGGACAUCCAAUGCCCAAAGAAGUGCCACUGAGCUAGUAUGGAAACCAACAAUGGGCUCUUCAUCCACUAAAUCCAGCUGCAGAGCACUGUGCAAACUGAAAUACAGAAAUUACUUUUGUA